AUGAUCCCAGCAUUGAGUAAUGUACUCAUAACUCCAGCUUCUCCAAUCAAUGCUUCAACCUUCCCGUCUGACGAUGAUGACGAUGAUAUAAUUUUUCUUGGUGGACCGGAAGAACAAAAAAAUGCCGAGCCAAUCUUCGUGAGAAUUGACGCGAAUGAUGAUGUGAACGAUGACGAUGUGGUUUGGAUCGAUUCAUCGAAGGAGCAAAAGAAUGACAAAAGUCAGCUGCAAAAAGAUGAAAUGGUAAAGGAAUCUCAAGGAUCUUCUAGCGCAUCAUCAACUCUAAGCGCACUCAUCGGACGUCCUCGUGGUCGACCUAGAAAGGAAAAGAUUCCUGAGAAUAAAGUCCCAAAGAAGCGCGGUCGGCCAAAGAAACAACUUGAACCAGUGAACAUGGAAGCGCUCGACUUGAUUCUCGCGCAGCCAACAUAUGGGGGACGACCGGUGCGCAAAAGGGCAUGGCAGGAUUUGAGUUCAAUCGACAUGUUUUCAUCAUCUGACGAGGAGGUUAAGAGACCCAAAGCUUCAACCGGUCGCAUCUCGACCCCGAGGAACGUAGCCAAGAAUGAUGGAAAGAAUUUGCAAUCAGGAGGAAGAGCGAAGAAAGAAAUGGAAACGUCAUUAGGUGCUCUCACGCCCACUACAAGCAGUCGGAACACACCACCGCGUUUCGAGAAUGAUGUAUCCAUUUCAUCGUCCUCUCCUUGGCUGGUCGUGGACGUUCCGGAAAUUGGCACCGAAGAAGAGGAACAACCACUCUCUCCAAAUUUGAAUCAGGAACCCCUUCGGACACCAGUGAAGCCAAGAGAACGCGUUUAUGAAGACUUGACGUUGCCAGAAUACGACUGGAGACUUCCCCGAGAAGAUUUGUACGAGGAUAAAGAUGUCCCAUUACCAUUGAACUUACGCGACUUCCAACACACGCCUCGGGUGCUGCCGAAAUUCAAAGCAAAAACAGAAAAUUCGUAUUUUCUGAAACUCGACGCCUAUGAGGAACAAAAGGAAAAAGAAAAGAGGAUUGAACAACGACGCAGACAAGCAAAAAAGAUUCAAAGCCAUGGUCGUCUUCGCAAUUCGCAGCAGCAGCAGCUUCAAGACUUUCCGGAUCCAUUGUUCCUAUCACCGCUUGAGGACCGAGAGGUUCUUCUACGUGCUGAAAUGGAGUCGUUGAUCGGUCGUUUCGGUGGCUUGUGUGAUGAGGCGCGCGAACUGAUACCGGAUUUAAGCAAAGGCUUGAGUGGUGCUGAAGGCGGUCGA